CAAACGUUGAACUUAAUUUGUGAGAUAAAAAAUUAGAUAGAACAUACGUAUAUAAUUCAGUCGAUCUAAGUGAAGCUGUAAAAAGAAACAAGAUCGAUCGCAAAAGAAAACCACACCAUGGCUUUCCCAUCCAAAAUCUGCACAUUUCUGUACUUGACCGUCGCAUUACUGUCUGAACCAUCCUCAGCCAAAAUAAUCAAGAGAAUUUAUGCAUUUGGUGACUCUUUCACGGACACCGGAAACACCCACUCCGCCACCGGCCCCAGCUCCUUCACUUACGUUUCAAACCCGCCCUACGGCCGAACCUUCUUCCACCGCCCCACCAACCGAUACUCCGACGGCCGCCUCGUGAUCGACUUCGUCACCCAAGCUCUCUCCCUCCCCUUCUUGCCGCCGUACCUCAACCCCAAUGCCGAUAGAUCUUACGGUGUCAACUUCGCCGUCGGUGGCUCCACUGCCAUAGAUCACAGGUUCCUUUGCCUCAUCUCCGCUGCUUCAAUCAAUCUUUUAUUUAAAUCUUAUGCUUCUAAUCUACGUAAUUAAAUAGCUAGCUAGGAACCCAUAAUCGGUUAUGUCAAUUCCGGGGUCUUCCAAUAUGCUUUGUGCAUCAGUACACUGACUCUUUUGCCAUAGAUCGAGCUAGGCUAUUCAUCAAAAUACAGACAAUUUAGUAAUUGUACCUGCAACAUUUUAUUUUUAGAGGAUCCUAAGCCUAUAUCAAUUCAGCUACAACAAAUAAAGCAGAAUGAAAAAAAAUCUUAGGAGAUAAA